AUGACGGCGUGGAAACCGUCUCUCUCUUACGACGACGACGCGAAAAAGAAGAAGGCGUUUAAAAGAGAGGACGACUCUUUCAACUCGAAAAGAGGAGGCAACGAGAGAGACUUUGUGGUGAAAGACGACGCGCAAUACUUCGAGGAUUUGCUCUUCGGAGAAGAAUUAUGCGAGGACGAGGAGGAGGAAAAACCGCCACCGGUGCCGCCGAAGCGAAGGGAACAUCAUCAUCGAGACGAAAGGUUUAAGUCGAGGAGGAGCCAGACGACGACGCCGGAAUUACCACACGAAGAAGAACAAAAACAACAAAAACAAAAACAGGAAUUUGAAAACGAAGAGUACGAAGAGAUGAAAGACGUGAACGCGAUACGACGCCUGACGAGGCCGGAAACCGAGGUGGAACGCGAGGUGUUGGAAAUCGCGAGGACGAGUUUUCAGAGGAUAUCUUCUAUAAACAACAACAAAAACAAAAAAAAGGAUGCUGCCUCCGCGCAGAACAUCAACAACAACGAAAAGACAAUAGCAACACCGACUCUCCACCAAAUAACUCGAAGAGAAUCGGAAGACGAGGAACGAGAGCGAGAAAAAUGCUUCAGAUUGAAACAAACGAUUGAAGAAAUGUUCGCGAAAACAGGGCGGGAAGAUCGAGAAGUGCGCGUGGCGACGAGCAGCAAGUUUCGAGGCGCGUGCGCGUUGAGGAAUUUAGUGCACUCGUACGUCUGGAUAGACCCGGAGUACGCGCGCGUGGGCGAGAGAGCGUACAACGAAGAAGAGAUGAUGACGAUGCAAGGACGACAACACGCGGUUGGGUCGGCGAGUUCGUAUUCGUCCCGGAUGUCUUCGUCGUCGUCGUCGUUACCGCCGAACGAGCUCAAUUUGCAAAGAAUCAUCGUCGAGGCAGAUUUACGGUCGCACUUUGUCAUCGCCAACGCCACGCCGCGGUACCAACGUUUGUUGGACGAGUUACCGAGCGAAUUCGUCGGCACUUUCUCGAGGCUUUUGGAAAUCAUCGACUUCAUGGCGGUCAAGUUGAACUCGAGUUUUGCGGCGAGGAAGAUGGACACGCCGCCGUGGAGACGCGCGAAAUCCAUCGCCAGUAAGUGGUCCAUGCCGAUCGAAGAGCAACUCAUCAACAAUAACGGAAGCAGCAGCGCGAGCGGAUCGCCGAUGAACCACCACGCGACGACGACCGCGAGCGGGUCGUCGACCAUGUAUCAACAUCAACAACAAAAUAUCUCGCCGCAGCACAAACACACAUCAACGUAG